AUGAAAUCCGUGUCGAUCAUUGCCGUUGCAAUCUUUGCUCUUGUUGCUUUGUCUUCAAGCGCUCCUGUUGCUCAACAACAAGUCCAAGAUACUCGUAUUGAUAUCUACAAUGAUUUCUUGUCUGGUCUUUUCUCAGGCCUUGUUUCAACAACAUUCGGAACCGUCUCCAACUUUCUUAACCAACUCAUCGCCGAAAACCCAUUAGGUGUUGGCAAACGUAGUGUUCAAGAUGAUGUUGCUGCCCGUGUUAACAUUCUUUCAUUUCUUUAUGACAACAUUCUUCAAGAUUUAUUCAGCGGAAUUGUUACAAACACAUUCAGCACUGCUACCAAUGCCCUCAACAACUUGAUCCAAACCAACCCAUUAGGUAUCGGCAAACGCGAUGUUGAAGGUGAUUUGGCUGCUCGUGUUAACAUUCUUUCAUUCCUCUAUGACAACAUUCUUCAAGAUUUAUUCAGCGGAAUUGUCACAAACACAUUCACCACUGCUACCAAUGCCCUCAACAACUUGAUCCAAACCAACCCAUUAGGUAUCGGCAAACGCGAUGUUGAAGGUGAUUUGGCUGCUCGUGUUGACAUUCUUUCAUUCCUCUAUGACAACAUUCUUCAAGAUUUAUUCAGCGGAAUUGUUACAAACACAUUCAGCACUGCCGCCAACGCUCUUAACAAUUUGAUCCAAACCAACCCAUUAGGUUUGGGCAAACGUGCUGCUUUAGAUGUCAAUAUCUUCCAAUUUCUCUAUGAUAAUGUCAUUGCUGAUUUAUUCGGUGGUCUUGCUUCAAAUACUGCCAACUAUCUUCAAAACUCACUCAACAACCUUCUCAACAAACCAUUCGCUAACGUUGGUAAACGAUCCGUUAACAUUCAACAAGCUCAAGAACUCAUUGCCCAAUCAGUUUCAACACUCGUCCAACAAUUCAAAACAUUCGCCAAACAAGUUAUUGCCACAUUCAAUGAUCGACAAAAAUUCGCUGAACUCGUUAAGGAAAACGUUGCUGUCAUCAAAACAACUGUUGCUGCUUUGGCUCAACAAUUGGCUGAAAUCAUUCCAGCAGAAAUCACAAAUGAAAUCAGCGAAGGUUUAGCUCUCCUUCAAUCAGUUCUCGUCUUCUGGACAAGUGGUCUUGCUGGCUCAUUAGGCCCAGUCCUUGGCUCCAUCCGCCCUUAA